GACACAGCUGAGUUCGAGCCACCUUUCCCAGUGAAGCAGGUUGCACCUCCACCGCUUCAUGGGGGAGCAGACCGUCGGUCUCCUUGGAGCUUGGAAUUCUGGCUGGAGGCCGAUCAAAGAGCCGUGCCCGCUGCCAACGAUGCUUCACAUAGAGUGGAAUGGCGGCCUUGGCAAGCAGAUCAAUUGCAGAGUGACCUGCAGUGGCAAGAAGCAGAUUUGCAGCUUGCCCAGAUGGCAGGCAUUCAGAACACCGGUCAAGGGCUAGCUUUGUGCACCUGGCAAUUCCCAGCAACAGUGCAAUCGCCGAACCUGCCAGAUGCUGUGCAGUUCCGAGUACGAAAGAUUGACUUGGAUAGCCCCGUCAAGGGUGGGGCUAGCAGCAGAACAUGGUUGUCGCAGAUCUCUGGCCUUUAUGCCACAGCAUUUGCGGCGCCUGAAAAGCCAAGAGCAUCGUUGCUCGUGGAUCAGGACUUAAAACGCUUAAAAGUUGUCCUGGCCUUUGCUCUCUCGUCUGACUCUCCUUCCGAGAGACCGACAAAUUCUUUGAAGUCAGGAGAGUCAGGACAUGUGCAUGGCCUGGUGACACGGAUUCAAGUUUCAUAUCGUCAAGCUGGUGAUUCCCAUAUCGAUGAGGUCAGAGAGUUGAAACCACAAAACCUUACCGCCGUGUCUAUGAAUGACGGCCUUGGCACGUUGAAGAUCAGUGUGUCGCAGCCGCAGUUCCUCGAUGGACAGCGGAUCCUGUUUGCUGUUCGAGUUGGCGACGAUUGGCGAUGGUCCCACUGGAGCAGCUUCAGCAAGCCAGUGCAUAUGAAGCAUCCGAUUCUGCAGCCUGCGAAAGAUCAUGGCCUUGUUGUUAAGCCUCUUUCUCCAGACAUGGUGUGGUUGCACUACCCAAGUGUGGCCACAGACACCGCGGAGGUGAUUGAAUACUUCAUUAGUGUGGCCCAGUUGGGACCGACAGGGCGAGAGGUGAGAUCCAGCUCCCAGCUGAUUGCUUUGCAAGCGGAGCAGAACCCAAAGAGAGAUGCAGGUAACGAGAUGGAGGUCUACGUUGGGAGCCUGCGCGUCGGUGUGUCACUGCAGUUCAAGCUGCUAGCCCGCAGCCAGUGCCACCAGUUGGGCGCACCAAUUUUCCAAGAAAUGGCCCGAAGUGAUCCCAUCCUUUGGCCCAGCUGGUCCCGUGCAUCAUGCGAUGCCAAUGUCGCCAAUGCCGAAUCCUGGGAUCUGCCAAUCCCUCGGGUGCUCUGUGUGCCGGAGCUGGAAGCAACAAGUGGUCGCUGGCGUUCACGCGCCUUGCUGCUGGCGUGGCCCAAGGGAGUACAGGUCUGUGAAGAUCCACCCUUGGAGCUCCAAGCAUGUGCUUGGCACGAGAAAAAUCAGGCUGCCCAUGGAUCACAUCGAGGUGGUGAUGAAGGCGAUGUAGGUGACCUGAGCGUUAUGGAUGUGAUCGAUCCAAAUGGCUGGGUUGCAGUGAGCUGGUCUCUGAUUCAGGUUCACGGUCUUCCAUGCAUUGCAGCUUCUCAGCUCCCCUUUAACUGCUGCCGUCUUCGGUGGUACUCGUGUGACCGUCGCAUUGCUGGUCCCUGCAGUGAAGUAUGCUUGACCUUCAUAGACAGUCCAGUGGAGGUGAGGAGCGAGGUGUUUUGCACGAUCUCUACAGUGAAGGUUCAGGCUUCCUUUGAAGUUCCUGCAUUUGCUCACUUGAUCCCUUAUUGCCAAUGGCGAAUUGGAUCCGUCAAGGCAAAUAGAACAGAUGAUGGACAGGCAUGGAGCGAUGUGGAAGAGUGGCAAGUGCUGGAUCAGUUGCAUAUAGCAUCAUGUUCCAGCGUGACCAUCAACGGGCGGCAAUCUUUUAAGUGUGUCAUGGGAGAAGAGGAUGGACUGGAACUGGGCAGUUGCUACGUCUUCAGCGUCCGACUUGGCGAUGGUCGCCGCUCCUCCUUAUGGUCACAAUCUGCACCAGUGAUGUUUGACGUUCCAGAUGCAGACGUGCCGGUUCCAACUGGAGCUGGUCCGCACAAGUUGCUAAUCGAGCCCUUGACGGUGCACACUGUGCGUUGCUGGUGGCCCCCUGUACAAGCACCUGAGAUGCUGUCCCUGUGCGGCUUUGGAUUUGGGAGGCCAAGCCUCGAGUAUCGUCUGGAUGUGUCUCGUUGUGUUGAUGAUGGUGGCUUGGAGAGACAUUGCACAAUUCUUCUUAGCGAUCAGGACGAGGACACUGCGGAGGAGAAUCCGUAUGCUGCACAAAGACCGCCUUGCGAGGCUUCCGUGAAUGGUCUUUGCCCUGGAGUCCAGUACUUUGCCUCGUUGGCAGUGCGCUUCUCUGUGCUUGGGCUUCGGGACUGGCGAAGAACAGGAAUCACUGCAACCUUCCAGACCUAGCUGGACCCAGCCUUUACAGAAGAUGUCACUUUUUUGGGUGCUGGGUAAGCAGCCAGAGCUCGGAAGGCUCCGCUUCCACUUGAAGGACACAAACUCGAAGACUCGAAGUAUUGCGAAGAUGGCGGCCACAACUCCAUGGUCAAACUUCAGAUUUCUUCAGAUUUGCAGGCGGGCAACAUAUCAGGCAUGGACAAAGAUCUGUGCUGAGCUCUGAUACAGAACAUUCAAGGGGCAAGGGGCGCCCAAACGAGGCGCUGAAGCCACAAGCACUGGCUGCACAAUUUUUGGUGCUUGACUUGUACAUAGCUGUAUUAAUAGACUAAUCAUGACUAACCACAACUACACAUCGGGAGCAAAGUUCACAAA